AUGGACAAACGGACGAACCGACGAACGGACCAACGGCCCCGGCGCUUCGGCAGCAGCAGCGGCGGCAGCAGCAGCGACUCUAGAGACGAGCUCUCGGUCUUUCUCCUGCUCUUGCUCUUCUUCCUCCUCACCGUCUCCCGGUGUCCCUGUCCCGGAACACCGUCAUACAGCCCGCCAGAGUGGAUCUGCUUCAAACGCUACCGCGGCGAGGCGGCCACGGUCUGGUCCCUGGGCAUCCUGCUCUACCAGAUGGUCUGUGGGAAGCACCCGUUCUGCAGAGGCACCAACACCAUCUGGGACCAGCUCCCGUUCCCACCACGGGUCUCUCGAGAGUUUUGUCUCCUCACCAUCAUGUGCUACGACCGCUACGUUGCCAUCUGCAAACCCCUGCACUAUGGGACCCUCCUGGGCAGCAGAGCUUGUGCCCACAUGGCAGCAGCUGCCUGGGCCACUGGCUUUCUCAAUGCUCUGCUGCACACAGCCAAUACAUUUUCCCUGCCCCUGUGCCAGGGCAAUGCCCUGGGCCAGUUCUUCUGUGAAAUCCCACACAUCCUCAAGCUCUCCUGCUCACACUCAGGCUACCUCAGGGAAAUUGGGCUCAUUGGGGUUAGUGUCUGUUUAGCAUUUGGGUGUUCUGUUUUCAUUGUUUUCUCCUAUGUGCAGAUCUUCAGGGCUGUGCUGAGGAUCCCCUCUGAGCAGGGACGGCACAAAGCCUUUUCCACGUGCCUCCCUCACCUGACCGUGGUCUCUUUGUUUAUCAGCACUGUCAUGUUUGCCUACCUGAAGCCCCCCUCCAUCUCCUCCCCAUCCCUGGAUCUGGCCCUGUCAGUUCUGUACUCGGUGGUGCCUCCAACUGGUGAGAGCUUGACUGAAGAAGUGGAAGAUGUGGUGAGUGGGAAGUUGGCUGAAUGA